CUGGGGAGAGAGAGGAGGGAACCACUGCCUCUAAAAUGACUCAAGACACCAGUUCUAAGAGUGUCCAGAAGCCCAGAGCAGAGUCACCUGCCCCCAGCCUGCUAUCAAUGAAGAGUGAUCAGCCACCUGCUUUCAGCCAGGAAGCAUUACCAGAUGACAAUAAGGAAGUGGAGAGUUUGGACAGUGAGGAUGCAUUAAAGAUCACACACAACCUUCUGGACAGAAGAAGUCAAACUCUUCUGACAGUCCAACAAGACAUUAAGGCUAAACUGAAACACAAGUAUCAACACAUAUCUGAAGGAAUUGGACACCAUGGAAACCAAAGUAUGUUAAAGGACAUCUACACAGAGCUCUACAUCAUAGAGGGUGGAAGUGGAGGGGUCAAUAAUGAACAUGAGGUGAGACAGAUAGAGAUGGCAUCCAAGAAACAAACCACACAAGAGACACCAAUCAAUUGCAACGACAUCUUCAAGCCUUUAGCUGGACAAGACAAACCUAUCAGAACUGUGCUGACAAAAGGAAUCGCUGGCAUUGGAAAAACAGUCUCUGUGCAGAAGGUCAUCCUUGACUGGGCAGAGGGAAAAGCAAAUCAGGACGUUCAUUUCAUGUUUCCUCUUCCUUUCCGUGAUCUGAACCUGAAAAAGGACCAAUACAGUCUGAUGCAAGUUCUUUCCCACUACUUCUCAGAGCUGAAAGAGAUUGACAACAUUGAAGAUGGUGAAACCAAAACUGUUUUCAUUUUUGAUGGUCUGGAUGAGUGUCGACUUCCUCUAGACUUCAAAAACAAUGAGAGGUGCUGUGAUGUCACGAAGCCAACCUCAGUGGACGUGCUGCUGACAAACCUCAUCAAGGGGAAUCUGCUUCCCUCUGCUCUCCUCUGGAUAACCUCACGGCCUGCAGCAGCCAAUCAGAUCCCACCUGAGUGUGUUGACCAGGUGACAGAGGUACGAGGGUUCAAUGAUCCACAGAAGGAGGAGUACUUCAGGAAGAAAAUCACAGAUCAGAAUCUGGCCAAUGAAAUCAUCAAACACAUGAAGACAUCAAGGAGCCUCCACAUCAUGUGCCACAUGCCAGUCUUCUGUUGGAUAUCAGCCACUGUCCUUGAGAUGAUGCUGAAAGAGGCAGAGAAGGAUGAAGUCCCCAAAACUCUGACCCAGAUGUUCACACACUUCACGCUCAUCCAAAUCAUUGUGAAGAACAAGAAGUACAACAAAGCCACAGAGACAAACCCAAAGGAACUGUCUCAGUCAGACAAAGAGAUGAUCCUGAAACUGGCAAAGCUGGCUUUCCAACAGCUGCAGAAGGGCAACCUGAUCUUCUAUGAGGAGGACCUGAGAGAGUGUGGCCUUGAUGUCACAGAGGCAUCAGAGUACUCAGCAUUGUGUACAGAGAUCUUUAAAGAAGAAUCUGGGCUGAACCAAGAGAAGGUCUACAGCUUUGUGCAUCUGAGCAUUCAGGAGUUUCUAGCAGCAGUGCAUGCUUUAGAAUCAUGUCUGGACAAGAAGGAAAAUGUUUUUUCCACCACUAGUGAGGAUGAAGAUGAGGAGUCAAUCCAGUUGUCUGACUUACACAGGAGAGCAGUGGACCAGGCCUUGAAGACUGAGAAUGGACACCUGGACCUGUUCCUCCGCUUCCUUCUGGGUCUCUCACUGGAGUCCAAUCAGAAUCUGUUACGAGGCCUUCUGACACAGACAGGAAGUACAACACAGAGCAAUGAGGAAACAGUUGAGAGAACAGUCAAGUACCUUUCAGACACGAUCAAAAGGGAAUCCUCACCAGAAAGGAUCAUCAACUUGUUCCACUGUCUGAAUGAACUUGGUGCCAACUCUCUAGUUGAAGAAAUGCAAACCUCCCUGCGAUCAGGAACUCUUUCAGAAACAGAGCUAGAACCUCAACAAUGUUCAGCCCUGGCCUACCUGUUACUGAUGUCAGAGGAGGUGCUGGAGGAGUUUGACCUGAAGACAUACACCACAUCAGAGGAAGGUUAUCAGAGGUUAAUGCCGGUAGUGAAAACCUGCAAGAGAGCACUACUGGAUUGCUGUAAACUCACAUAUGAAUCCUGUGAGACUCUGGCCUCAGCUCUGCAGACACCAAACUCCCCCCUGAGAGAACUGGACCUCAGCUACAAUGACCUGGGAGACAGAGGAGUGAAGCUGCUCUGUGUUGGACUAACCAGUGCACUCUGCAACAUACAGACACUAGUGCUGUCUGGCUGUCUGGUCACAGAGGAGGGCUGUGCUGCUCUGUCUUCAGCUCUGAGGUCAAACCCCUCCCACCUGAAAGAGCUGGACCUGAGCUACAAUCACCCAGGAGACUCUGCAGGGGGACUGCUUUCAGCUGCUCUGGUGGAUCCCACAGAUAAACUGAUGAAGCUGAAUGUGGAUCAUGGUGGAGAGUUCAGGGUGAAACCAGGGCUGAGGAAAUAUGCCUGUCAUCUCACCCUGGACCCAAAUACAGCAAACCCAUACCUGAUACUGUCUGAGGGGAACAGGAAGGUGACACGGGUGAAGGAGAAGCAGCAUUAUGAAGACCAUCCAGACAGAUUUGACCGUCUUCCCCAAGUUCUCUGCAGAGAAGACUUAUCUGGAUCUCGUUAUUACUGGGAGGUGGAGAGGGAUGAUGACGGGGCUGGCAUUGGUGUGGCGUACAAAGGAAUGAAGAGGAAGGGAGUGGAGAAGGACAGUUGGAUUGGACUCAAUAGGAAGUCCUGGGGUUUAUUCUGCUCUAACAGAGGUUAUAACUUUUACCAUGCUGGAGUCAUCAGAUCCAUCCCUGGUCCUGUUUCUAACAGAGUUGGAGUGUAUCUGGACUGGCCAGCUGGUACUUUGUCCUUCUGUAGUGUGUCCUCCUCUGGUACACUGACACACCUUUACACAAAACACACCACAUUCACUGAACCCCUCUAUCCUGGGUUUGAGGUUUACUCCUCCUCCUCAGUGACCCUGUGUCAGAUAGAUGACCAACACAUUCAAAGCAGAGACCAUGGUGGAGAGUGUUGUAUCAAG